GCGGGGCUUGGGGGGAUGCUGGACUCGGCGCCUGGGCUCAGGGGCUCUGAGGUCUCUGCGGGUCUAACGCCCCUUCCCUUUGCAGGCGGGCCCCUCGGGCACGGAGCUGAGCGCAUCCUGGCGGUGCCGGUGCGCACUGACGCCCAGGGCCGUUUGGUGUCCCACGUGGUGUCGGCGGCGACGGCCCAGGCUGGGGUACGGACCCGCAGGGCCGCCACAGUCCAGACCCCGGGCUUCCCUGGAGGCAGUGAGGAGGACCCUGGCGGCCGCCUCUUCUACAAUGUCACGGUCUUCGGCCGAGACCUGCACCUGCGGCUGCGGCCCAACGCCCGCCUCGUGGCGCCCGGGGCCACGGUGGAGUGGCAGGGCGAGUCGGGUGCUACCCGGGUGGAGCCGCUGCUUGGAACCUGCCUCUAUGUCGGAGACGUGGCCGGCCUGGCUGAAGCCUCCUCCGUGGCGCUCAGCAACUGCGACGGGCUGGCUGGCCUGAUCCGUAUGGAGGAAGAGGAGUUCUUCAUUGAGCCGCUGGAGAAGGGGCUAGCGGCCAAGGAGGCUGAGCAGGGCCGUGUGCACGUGGUGUAUCGCCGGCCGCACACCCCCAGGCCCCCUCCUCUGGGGGGACCACAGGCCCUGGACACAGGGGUCUCCCCAGGCAGCCUGGACACCCUCAGCCGCGCCCUGGGCGUCCUGGAGGAGCGCGUCAACAGCUCCAGGCGGAGGGUGCGCAGGCACGCUGCCGACGACGACUACAACAUCGAGGUCCUGCUGGGGGUGGACGACUCCGUGGUCCAGUUCCAUGGGAAGGAGCACGUGCAGAAGUACCUGCUCACCCUCAUGAACAUCGUUAAUGAGAUUUACCACGACGAGUCCUUGGGGGCCCACAUCAACGUCGUCCUGGUGCGCAUAAUCCUGCUGAGUUACGGGAAGUCCAUGAGCCUCAUUGAGAUUGGGAACCCCUCACAGAGUCUGGAAAACGUCUGCCGCUGGGCCUACCUCCAGCAGAAGCCGGACACCGACCACGAUGAGUACCACGAUCACGCCAUAUUCCUCACGCGGCAGGACUUCGGGCCUUCAGGCAUGCAAGGCUAUGCUCCUGUCACCGGGAUGUGCCACCCCGUCCGCAGCUGCACCUUGAACCACGAGGACGGCUUCUCCUCGGCAUUUGUGGUGGCCCACGAGACUGGCCAUGUGCUGGGCAUGGAACACGACGGGCAGGGCAACCGCUGCGGCGACGAGGUGCGGCUGGGCAGCAUCAUGGCGCCCCUGGUGCAGGCAGCCUUCCACCGCUUCCACUGGUCCCGCUGCAGCCAGCAGGAGCUGAGCCGCUACCUGCACUCCUACGACUGCCUGCGGGAUGACCCCUUCGCCCACGACUGGCCGGCGCUGCCGCAGCUGCCCGGGCUGCACUACUCCAUGAACGAGCAGUGCCGCUUCGACUUCGGCCUGGGCUACAUGAUGUGCACCGCGUUCCGGACCUUCGACCCCUGCAAGCAGCUGUGGUGCAGCCACCCUGACAACCCGUACUUUUGCAAGACCAAGAAGGGGCCCCCCCUGGACGGGACCAUGUGUGCACCUGGCAAGCACUGCUUUAAAGGACAUUGCAUCUGGCUGACACCUGACAUCCUCAAACGAGAUGGCAACUGGGGCGCCUGGAGUCCCUUUGGCUCCUGCUCGCGCACCUGCGGCACAGGUGUUAAGUUUAGGACCCGGCAGUGCGACAACCCACACCCGGCCAACGGGGGCCGCACCUGCUCCGGCCUCGCCUACGAUUUCCAGCUCUGCAGCUCCCAGGACUGCCCUGACCCCCUGGCCGACUUCCGCGAGGAGCAGUGCCGGCAGUGGGACCUGUACUUCGAGCAUGGCGAUGCCCAGCACCACUGGCUGCCCCACGAGCACCGGGAUGCCAAGGAGAGAUGCCACCUCUACUGCGAGUCCAAGGAGACCGGGGAGGUGGUGUCCAUGAAGCGCAUGGUGCACGAUGGGACGCGCUGCUCCUACAAGGACGCCUUCAGCCUCUGCGUGCGCGGGGAGUGCAGGAAGGUGGGCUGUGACGGGGUGAUCGGCUCCAGCAAACAGGAGGACAAGUGCGGCGUGUGUGGAGGGGACAACUCCCACUGCAAGGUGGUCAAGGGCACGUUCACGCGCUCACCCAAGAAGCUCGGUUACAUCAAGAUGUUUGAGAUCCCAGCAGGAGCCAGACACCUGCUUAUCCAGGAGGCAGACACCACCAGCCACCACCUGGCCGUCAAGAACCUGGAGACAGGCAAGUUCAUUUUAAAUGAAGAGAAUGACAUAGACCCCAAUUCCAAAUCCUUCAUCGCCAUGGGUGUGGAGUGGGAGUACCGGGACGAGGACGGCCGGGAGACGCUGCAGACCAUGGGCCCCCUCCAUGGCACCAUCACCGUGCUGGUCAUCCCGCAGGGAGACGCCCGGGUCUCGCUGACCUACAAGUACAUGAUCCAUGAGGACUCGCUCAACGUGGACGACAACAAUGUCCUGGAGGACGACUCCGUGGGCUAUGAGUGGGCCCUGAAGAAGUGGUCCCCCUGCUCCAAGCCCUGUGGCGGAGGGUCGCAGUUCACCAAGUAUGGCUGCCGCCGGAGGAUGGACCACAAGAUGGUGCACCGAGGCUUCUGCGACGCCCUCUCGAAGCCCAAAGCCAUCCGCCGGGCUUGCAACUCGCAGGAGUGCUCCCAGCCUGUGUGGGUCACGGGCGAGUGGGAGCCAUGCAGUCAGAGCUGCGGGCGGACGGGCACGCAGGUGCGCUCCGUGCGCUGCGUUCAGCCGCUUCACAACAACACCACGCGCUCCGUGCACACCAAGCACUGCAAUGACGCCCGACCCGAGGGCCGCCGCGCCUGCAACCGUGAGCUCUGCCCUGGUCGGUGGCGGGCAGGACCCUGGUCCCAGUGCUCGGUAACCUGUGGCAACGGCACCCAGGAGCGGCCCGUGCUCUGCAGGACCAUGGACGACAGCUUCGGCGUCUGCCGGGAGGAGCGGCCUGAGACGGCGCGGAUCUGCAGGCUCAGCCCCUGUCCCCGAAACACCUCCGAUCCCUCCAAGAAGAGCUACGUGGUUCAGUGGCUGUCGCGACCGGACCCCGACUCUCCAGCCCAGAAGACGUCGUCAAAGGGCCGCUGCCAAGGCGACAAGUCAAUGUUCUGUAGGAUGGAAGUCUUGUCUCGCUAUUGCUCCAUCCCAGGCUACAACAAGCUGUGCUGCAAGUCCUGCAACCUCCACAACCUCACCGACGUGGACGACGGGGCAGAGGCGCCGCCUGGGAAGCACAACGACAUCGACGUGGACGUCGAGGCGCUCGCGCCCACCCUCCCAGUGCCCACCCUCAUCGUGGAGGUGGAGCCUCCACCAGGCACACCCCUCGAGGUGCCCCUCAACGCCUCCAGCUCCAACGCCACCGAGGACCACCCAGAAACCAACGCUGUGGAUGUGCCCUACAAAGUCCACGGCCUGGAGGACGAAGUCCAGCCACCCAACCUGAUCCCCCGACGACCGAGCCCGUACGAAAAGACCAGAAACCAAAGAAUCCAAGAGCUCAUUGAUGAGAUGAGGAAGAGAGAGAUGCUCGGAAAGUUCUAAUAAAGUGGAAAGAUAGCAUCAAUAGCAUUUUUUUCCUUGCUUAUAGAGAUAUUCCAUGGGAUGGCAACUCCGGUGCUGUGGAGAUGAAGUCAGAAUUCCCGGUUCCAAAAGGCUUUGCGAAAACAAAGAGGGAGAAUGUUAAAUAUAUAUAUAUAUGUAUAUACACACACACACAUACAUAUAUAUAUGUGGUUGUGAGCAGGUGGCACCUAGGUUGGUACGUGUGCUCCCCAGCCCUGGAGUGUUCUGAGUCCUGUACCGGGGCUGGGUGUGGGGUGAAGGGGAACACAGAGGUGCGACAGUGCCCGUCAGUGAGAGGAGGCAGGAGGGCUAGCUCAGAGAGAGAAGGCGCUUGCCCCGAGUUUCUGAGCAGUGGUUGGGGAUCUCCCUUCCUUCGUGGUGACAACCCCUGCUGGAGACGAGGGAAAUUUCCAACCCGUCUCCAGACCGAGGUACAAGCCCCCUUGGGGACUCUUAGGAGAAACAGUGAUGUAUCUACUAAGUUAACCUGCCACUAAGAUGAGCGCAGUGAAGUGGAGGCUGUGAGCCCCACCCAGGGCCUUGGAGGGCCGGGGUGAGUGUGACGGCCAGCGGGGGCCACGCCCCACCGUGAGAGCUGGCCCUUGCUGCCAGGCAGUGUGCUUUCUCAGUAGAAGGCUGGAAGUGUUCUUGUGAAAAGCCUCCAUCUUAAAGAUCAACUCAAAAUACGUGACGGGUCUGGGCGCCUGCCGGGGUCUGAGCCGCCAGGCUGCAGCCUCCGGUCCCCAGGCGUGGCCGGGGGCGGUCUCGUGCACGAAGGACUUCAGGAACGCCAUCCGAUCCGUCUGGUGCUCUCGCGCUGCAUUUGAGUGUCUCAACCAAACCCGAGCUGUGAAGCUGCCCAUUUCCUUCUGGGAAGGUGUCAGGAAUGCCCUAACUGGGACUUGAGGAUAGAUGGAAACACGUUUUCUACUUGAGGAGAAGACAGCGGUGGGGCCGGCCACGCCUAGGCUCUCCCAGGUCCCCUCUUCACUAACCCUGGUCCUGCUUAUCACCUCUGGCCGGUCUGGCCUCAGGCCCAGGGCUCCCCAAAGAGGCUCUCCCCUCCCCCAGGUGCACCGGAAGGAUGAGGGAGGCAUGCGUUCUGCUGGAGAGUCCAGUGAGGGGGCAAGGCCUGCAGCCCCCACUCUGGGGCAGGAGUGCUCCCAGCAGGGUGGGGCCUGUGGGGGCUCAGGUUUGCUCCUGAAGACCAGCUGCUUCGCUUGCAGGGCCCAGGCUUGCCAGCCCUGGGGAGUCCCCUCGAGUCCUGUCCCCACCUCCAUCCCUUAGAAGUGCCAGCUGUGAACUGCCUGACUGGGCCUCCGAUGGGGGGCCGAGGGUGGAGGUGGGGAGAGGCUGCUUUAUCCUUUGCUCUUUCCAAACUUUAAUAACUUCUAUCUUUAGCAUCAUAGUGCUUUAUGAGCCUGAUGAGAAUGAGAGAGAAAUAGGAAGGGACUGGGGGGAGGGGGAAUGGGAAGACAGUGGCUGAUUUUUCACCUCUGCCUGCAUUGAUAUGUCCUGAACAAGCAGCUUAAACUUGCCAAAAUUGCAAGACCUGGGCACAUUAGCUCCUUAGCGGGGGCCUCCCUAAUUCUGAAGCUUUUCAUGUUCAGGAAAGUUCUAGAGCUUUUGGAUUCUCACCAGUCAUAGAUCUUAGAGAAUUCUUUCUUGUUUCAUUCCCCGUCCUGUGGAGGAGACUACCAAAGCUCAGGAUAACACCCUGAUAGCUACUUCUUGUUGAGUUUUGAGGUGCUAAGUGCGUCUGUCUGCACCUGUGCGUGGGUGUCAGCAUGCCUCUGCGCGUGGUCUAAGGGACAGAGUAAGGGUGCAGGAAACAGUGCAGGGACAUCUGGGGCGCUGCUGGGAUGAUCACUCACCUCCCCGUCUCCCCGGCUCAGCCUGCCUCCCUCCUCUCUGCCGCCGUGUUCCCCACUUGCUCAUAUGUGCCCCAGUGUCUCAGAGGACUUUGCUGGCUUCCAAGAACCAAACUGGAGAAAUUUCUGAGUAUCUCUCAUGGUAUCACUUCCUCAGCGAGAUGCGGUGGGAAGCAUUCCUGCAGCCCCAUCUCUCCCCAUUGGGAAAUGGGUCCACGGCUUUCCCUCAUUGGUUGAACUCACGGCAGCUGGUGCUACUUACGGGCGGAAGGGCUGGACCGUGCUUGCUAGGGUCCGUCCUAGAAUGUCAAGGAAACUCCAGACCAACGUGACUCGGUUUACCCAGCCUGGGGGCCACAGGUUGGGAAGACUCCCUCCCCGGAUUCCCACAAAGCCAGGCUGUGCGUCUUGGCAGCUGGAAGCCUUUGACGGGGGGCCCUAGGUGGGGCCCUCCCAGGGCUCUUCUUGUGCUGCAGGAAGAAAGGUGUCCUCUGGGAACUGUAGGUCAGUGUGGCCAUGGCCGCACAUGCCAUACUCAGUGCCUUGGGCCAUAUAUCCACAGAGAUCUGUAGGACCAGAUGGUCCUCAGAGGUCUAUCUAAGAAGGCAGUGCUCACCACUCUGAGACACUGCAAAUCUCUGCUGAGCUUGAGGUAGCUGGAGAGCUGGCUUAGCAACAGGCCUGAGCUGCCAGCGGUGGCCGAGGGGCCCCUGCAGCCUGGGGGAGGCAGAGGACGUCUUGGGCGGAGGUUCCCUAACACCAGGUUGAGGCUCAGAGGUCCUCUCUGUCCGUGGCUCUGAAAGUCAGCCGAGGGGCCUGAGAGUCACUGCGUGUCUGUAGGAGACUUGUGCUGGAGUUUUGGGACCUGGCUUUCUGAUCUACUCCUUUUGGAAAACCCAUGGAAUUUCACAUAUAAGCCUUUUGUGUGUACUUUGUUUUUUGUUUGUUUGUUUGGAGUAUACAAAUGGUGCUCAAUAGCCAAGUCUUUAUCAGAUGAAGCAUUAUGACUAUGCACUCCUGUCUGCCAGGCAGCCCCACACCAUGGUGCUGAACGCACAUGACAUUUUAUCUUACUGAUAACAGCAAUCAACACACUUGUUUUUCUGUAUACUCAAAUUUGGCUUCUUGAUUUUUAUAACUUAUUAAAGUCAAAAUGUCUAUGUUUUUGCACAUCAUACCUGUGUGUUUGUUACCUUGUCUACGUCUGUUCCCCCUCGCCACCCUGAACUUGGGCAGACAGAAGGAUGUGCUGCCCUCGCAAAGCCAGGAGGUGUGGGGGGACACUGGUAAGCUGUGAGUCAAGGCUGCUCAGGGCAGGAUCCCGAGAAGGGCAAGAGGCACCCAGAGGCCUGAUCCUCUCCCAUUCCCCAUGGGGUCAGUCCUCCAGCCAACAUGGCGUAGCCAGUAGCUCCUAAGUCACCCUGCAGGUCAAGGAGGAGGUGAGGACUCUGCAGACACCUCCUCCUCCCUCAUUACCACCCCACUUCUCUCCUCUAAUUAGGGUUUCCAGGAAGAACUGCUAGAUGCUGAGUUAAAUUUGAAAUUCAGUGAAAUGCUCUUGGAUCUUAGAAUAUUUAUGUUGUAAGUACAGUUAAUAUGUACACUGAUAUACAUGUAUAUGCAUAUAUAUAUAUAUAUAUAUAUGAAUACAGUGGAUCACUUGGUUUGCUACAGACAUUGUUAAAAAAAAAUAAAAAGCAAAGCUGCAUAACUAGGA